CGACCACUCAAACAAAACAUAUUUUUGCUCUUUUUUCGCUAAUUUCUCUUUAAUCACUUAAAUCUCAUUCGUUUAUAUUAAUCCAAAUCUCGGAUCAUUUUUCAUUUCAUUCAGAUAUACAAUAUAUUGGCAUCAAAAUGAGUUUUAUAUUAAGAAUUAAGUCUCAAGUGAAUGACAUAUUCUCGCAAUUCGGUAAAUAUAUAGCGCCCACCUAUUAUCAUGACAGGUGUGAACGAUCACUGCAGAUGUAUUUGUAUGUAAUGCACAAAAGGGAAAUCCUAUUAUCAUUAUUAGCCCUGUUAUCGACAUAUAUAUUAUUACUGUUCAUUGGUUUCGCGGGACCUAAUGUGCACAAAAUCAAUAAAAUAACGGCCACUGAAAUAUUCAGUGAAUCGCAGAUCAAUAGCUCAUACAUAAGUCGACUCAUGUCUUCGGGUCCCUUCGUAGUGACCACACCAUCGCUCAACACAUACUCCCAACAACUCUGUCUGUUCCUAACCUUUCACCUCAAGAACGAAGAGGCGUCCGAAGCUUUCCAUAAGGAAAUUGCUGUUAAUAUACGUCUGGACGGCAUCGACGAGUCCAACAAGAAUAUAUCGAUCAUAAGCGACAGUUCCCUAACAUAUCAACUGUACUGCGGGGGCCGGCAGUGCGAACCCAUCCAAGUGCUGCACUUGACAUACAUCGCGUACAAACACUAUAGGGUUGGCAUUGCCUUCGAGCGCUUGGAUACCGUGAACAACAAGUAUGUCAUCGAAGACAUCACUUUCACCUUCCGGUCGAUCAACACGUCGUUCACCACUCUUUCCAUUUGGUUCCGAUUCUUCUUCCUCUUGAUCUCCUUCUGCGUUAUGUUUUGGUUCACUCACAGUCUCUAUCGGUUCCCAUUUGUCGACUGGUCUCUCGAGCAGAAGUGGACGGCCCUUCUGCUGGCCCUACUUCUGGUGACCGACAAUCCCUUCUAUCCGAUGCAGUUCUUGUUCGGCUCAGCCCUACCGCGACUCAUGGAGAUCCUCUUCCAGAGUUCACUCAUGUGUACGCUUAUGAUGUUUUGGUUGUCUUUCUUUCACGGCAUCCGUCAAAACAGCCGUUCCUUCUCUCGCUUCUAUGGACCCAAACUGGCGCUCAUCGCUCUUCUCUGGCUGAUUAUGGUGUACGUGAUGUCCGAUUCAGUCACCAAUCAGUUGGAUAAUCCCAUCUUCGAUGAGACCAAACACUUUCAAAACUCAACUUUUCUUCAGAUGGCAAACAUACUCUUCUAUCUUCUUCUCAUACUUUACUUCAUUUACUUAACACUUCUAAUGAUGUCUGCAUUCACUGAACUCCGAUCGAUGCCAUACUUCGACAUAAGACUCAAACUGCAGACAUUUCUCUUAAUCUUUGUUUUAACCAUUUCUUUGUUGACAAUUGUCUUGUCCUCGUCCUCAUCAGCCAUAAGCACAAUACCAUUCCUCCAAAUGCUUCCGUUUAGCUAUUAUUACGGCUCUUCUGCAGCAUUCCUGUCCCUCUUCUCCAUUAUCAACCUCUAUGUCUGCAUUUGUGCCUAUUAUUACAGGCCAUCCCUCAACCAACACUCGGACUGUCGAGUAGUCCGCGACAAUCCCACCCUUUCGAUGAUCAAUGACUCCGAUGAGGAUGUAAUCUAUGGCAGCGAUACUGAAGAACCACUUCAACCGCCGAAACUCAUUGAGACCAAGAAUGACGACGAAGAGAGCGAUUGAUAAUUACUGUCCAAUUCAUGAAUGUCUGGCAGUUUGUGGUCAAAGAGUUUUUUCAUUUGUUGUUUAAUUCAUGACUAAUUUGUGC